AUGCUUAUUGCCGAAACUUUGUCCAUUGACCCUCUUGUUUCUGAUGAAGUUAUUUCCGAUGUCGUGGAUAAAUUUGUACCCGAGGCAGUGCUUAAUAUAAAAUACGGUGAAAAGAAAGUUGAAUUCGGCAAUGAAUUUACUUUUGAAGAAACUCAACAAGCUCCCGACGUUAGUUUUGUGCUUGGUGAAUCAGAUUCUGAUAAUAAAUCUCGAUAUACAUUGAUUAUGACUGAUCCCGAUGCACCAAGCCGUAAGAAUCCAAUUAAAAGAGAAUGGCGUCAUUGGAUUGUUGGAAACAUUCCAUCUGAUGGAAAGUUGUCCGAAGCAACACGCCUUGAUGAUUACCUAGGACCAGCUCCUCCCCAUCAAUCUGGUUUUCAUCG